AUGGAACCCGGACAGCCUCGGGAGGCCCGUGAACCCGGGCCAGGGGCAGAGACCGCCGCGGCGCCGCGCUGGGAGGAUGCCAAGACUUUCUAUGACAAUCUCUCUCCCAAGAAGAAACCCAAAUCGCCAAAGCCUCAGAACGCAGUCACCAUCGCUGUGUCCUCCAGAGCCUUGUUCCGCAUGGACGAGGAGCAGAGGAUUUACACGGAGCAGGGUGUGGAGGAGUAUGUACGUUACCAGCUGGAGCAUGAGAAUGAGCCCUUCAGCCCUGGACCAGCCUUCCCCUUUGUGAAGGCCCUGGAGGCCGUGAACAAGCGGCUUCGGGAGCUGUAUCCCGAUAGUGAGGAUGUUUUUGACAUUGUCCUCAUGACUAACAAUCAUGCUCAAGUGGGAGUCCGUCUCAUCAACAGUAUCAACCACUAUGACCUGUUCAUUGAGCGAUUCUGCAUGACGGGUGGGAACAGCCCCAUCUGCUACCUCAAGGCCUAUCACACUAACCUCUACCUGUCAGCUGAUUCGGAAAAAGUGCGAGAAGCCAUUGAUGCGGGGAUUGCAGCUGCCACCAUCUUCAGCCCCAGCAGGGACAUAGUUGUGUCCCAGAAUCAACUUCGCGUGGCCUUCGAUGGGGACGCAGUACUCUUCUCUGAUGAGUCCGAGCGCAUUGUCAAGGCCCACGGGCUGGACAGAUUCUUCGAGCAUGAGAAGGCCCAUGAGAACAAACCUUUGGCACAGGGUCCCCUAAAAGGCUUUCUGGAAGCCCUGGGUAGACUGCAGAAGAAAUUCUACUCUAAAGGUCUGCGGCUGGAGUGCCCGAUUCGUACUUACUUGGUGACCGCGCGGAGCGCAGCCAGUUCCGGGGCCCGGGCCCUCAAGACCCUGCGAAGCUGGGGCCUGGAGACAGAUGAGGCCUUAUUCCUAGCCGGGGCACCCAAGGGCCCCCUUCUUGAGAAGAUCCGCCCACACAUUUUCUUUGAUGACCAGAUGUUCCAUGUGGCAGGGGCUCAGGAAAUGGGCACAGUGGCUGCCCAUGUGCCUUACGGUGUGGCCCAGACACCCCGGCGGGCUGCUGCUGCUGCUGCUGUUGCUAAGCAGACUUUAGGUUCGCAGUAGCUAAGUCACCUUGCU